AUGAUAGCGGAACUGGAAUGCCAACGAAGCUCGCACAGUCAGAUUUUUGUGACCAACUGGGACCUGGAGCGGAACGACAAUAGCUUGAGAAUCGACCAGGACCCGGGGCCGUAUCUGCUCUGUCAAGUGUUCAUACUCACCUGGGGGUACGGCCAAGCUGACGUCUUUAGUGGUUAUAACUUCUCCACUUACGAUGAGGGUCCUCAGGAUCCGGUCGCUGAAUGUGGUCGGUUGGGGUGGAGGUGUGAACAUCGACAUCCCAUGGUCGUAGGGGCCAUUCAGCUCGGGGCUGCUGCUUCGGGCCAACCGGUACACAACAUAAUAACUUCCGGUGCGCAUCGGUUGGCAUUCAGCCGAGGCUCGAAAGUGUUUGUGGCGCUCAACAACGACGACUCGCCCUGGUUGUUGAGGGACGUGCUUGUCGGUCUGCCGGUCCCGACCUCGCCCGGAAACGCAUACCGAGAUCGGCUGCAUCCGUCUGAUGACGGUCAACUCGUUCACCUACAGCGAGACCCCUCCUCCGGACUCUCCCGCUUGCGUCCGCUCACCAUCCCUCCAAGAUCGGCAAUCGGUAUCAUGGUUGUCUAA